CCUCCUCCAAUUUUCCAAAACCUCCUUUUCGGAAGAUCGAAGGAGGUUUUGGUACCAAAGAAAACCCAGGUGUUCUUGUGCUAGAUUAGUCUUGGAAAUGGAGGAAAAUCUACCACCUGGUUUUAGAUUUCACCCAACUGAUGAAGAACUCAUCACAUAUUAUCUGACUAGAAAGGUCUCUGAUUUCAACUUCGUGGCCCGGGCGAUCACAGACGUCGAUCUCAACAAGUGCGAGCCUUGGGACCUCCCAGGCAAAGCUUCCAUGGGAGAGAAAGAGUGGUAUUUUUUCAGUUUGAAAGAUCGAAAAUAUCCAACCGGCCUUAGAACGAACCGAGCAACGGACGCAGGCUACUGGAAGACCACCGGCAAAGAUAAGGAGAUCUUCCAUGGAGGAAUGAUGGUUGGAAUGAAGAAAACCCUAGUUUUUUACAAGGGAAGAGCUCCAAGAGGAGAAAAAAGCAACUGGGUCAUGCAUGAAUAUAGACUCAAUACCAAACUAGCUUUCAAACCCACAAAGGAGGAAUGGGUUGUCUGCAGGGUGUUUCAAAAGAGCGCCAGUGGCAAGAAGAUACCACAGAGUCCCUCAUCAUUACCUCCAUUGCUCGAAUCAUCCUGCGAUACUACCUUACUAAGUGAGUUGGGUGAGAUCGAUACAUCGAACUUAAGCAGUCUGGCAAACUUUUCGAGUGGUUUCAACACCAUUUCUACUAAUGACAACAACAACCACAACCACAACCACAACAACAACAACAACAACAUGAGCAUGGACAUGAAUUGGGAAUUAGCAAGUGAAAUGACGAAUCAUCACUCAGUCACUUGGCCUUCAAACUUGUUAAAUUCGAAUUUUUCAGCAAAUUCGUCGAUUUUGAGGGCAUUGCAAUUCAAUGCUUAUCAAACAAGAGAAGCAACUACAGGAAUAAACUCUUUCUUAGCACAAGGAGAGAGUUUGGGAACAAAUUCCAACUCGAAUUUCCAUGCUGCUUCUUCCUCGAAGGGUGCUGAUUUUGCGCAACCACAGCAAAAUCAAUUCAGUCUUGAAUCCAUUUGGCGAAGCUGUUGAAAAACUGUGAAGACUAACAAUCAAACUUGUAAAUGGAUCUCUCUUUUACUUGUAGUGGAUAAGAUGGGAUAAAACCAAUGUUCUCAGUCGUGCGGCUAUCAUGUGUCCUAAUCGGACAGCACGCGUGGCUCGGGCCCAUUCCACAAUUGAGUACUUGGGUAAGAUCAAGGUAGAAAAACUUCAUUAGGAGGAAAUGCUACAAAGAAAAAUUAGAUUAGAUUAUUCUCACUGUUUUAUGUUUUGUCUAAUCAUGCUUGGUAUGGAGCAAAUGCUUCCAUAUUCAUUUGUAACCGUUGAUCUUUGAAUUGCAUGGGACUUCAAGUUUCAAAACUCAAAACAAGAGAAACGUUGUUGGGUGCUUGGUUUUUUUUUUUUUAA